AUGGCUUAUGCUCACCCCGACGAACACUUCUUCAUCGAGAGCGAUGAACCCCAGUCCAGCACUCGCAGCUUCCGAGAUACCGCGAAGAUGCUUGCGCGCAGCCGGCAAGAGACGAUUGCUUGCGAGCUCUCCCGUCUCGCCGGCGAGGAGUACCUGGGCGACAUCAUGACGCAUAUGCGACACAUGGAGGCAUGUUGCGACCUUUUUCAGCCUGAGGAGACCCUUCCUGAUGCUAACCUCAUUGACAUGCAACGUGAGAUCCAAUGGUUCAUGCGACCGUACCUCAUCGACUUCCUUAUCGAGGCCCAUGCCGCUUUCGCCCUACUGCCCGAGACGCUGUUCCUGACCGUCAACUUGCUGGACCGAUACUGCUCACGACGAGUGGUGUAUAAGCAGCACUACCAGCUCGUCGGCUGCGCCGCUCUCCUCAUCGCAGCCAAGUAUGGUGACAAGAAGGACCGGGUUCCUCAGAUUCAUGAGCUCAACAACAUGUGCUGCGGCCUGUACGAUGCCGGCAUGUUUACGCAAAUGGAGAUGCACGUCUUGAACACUCUCGAGUGGACCAUUGGCCACCCCACUGUCGACUUUUUUACCCAGCUCAUGGUUGCCGAAGAGCAGGACGACAAGGAGGUGGAGCACAUGGCCGCCUAUCUGUGCGAGAUUGCCCUGUACCACCGCGACUUUGUUUCGACCAAGCCUUCCAUGAUGGCACGCUCCUCAUUGGCUCUGGCGAGAGCUAUUCUGGGCCGACCCGAGGUCAACGACGGCGACUGGGAUCACACCGAGAACCUGACCCUGUUGACUCUCUCUCAGCACCUCAACCAGCCUUCGCCAACCCUGGCACGCAAGUACUCUUCAUCGUCCCUGUCCAAGGCAUCGCAGAAACUGGCAGACUUCAUGGCCGAACAGGCCGCCAUGGCCAGACGCCAAGCCAACCCCCCAUCACCAGCUGCCGAGACUCCGUCAAGACACGCCGCCGACAUCUACAGCACCCCUCAGAAGGGCCAUGGCGCUGCCGCCGGCUUCGACGGUUACCUCACGCCUCCCAUUACUCCCGACAAUGCUUAUGGAAACGCAACCAAGGAGACAUACCAUCAGCUGCCUCCUCGGUGCCCUGUCACGCCAACCCCUCCUCAGAGCCAUCCUUCUGUGUACUCCCAGCAUGUACAACAAUACGCUGCUUUCGUGAACCAGCACGGAAUCCACCAGCACUAG